CGUCCCCGCCGCACGCGCAGCCGGAGCCGCCGCGCCCUCGGCCGCCGGGAGCUCGGAGCUGCGGAGCCCGGAGGCCGGGAGUGGGAGCCGGAGCCGCCUGCGCCGUGGAGGCAUCAUAUAAUCUGCCCUCAUCAUGGGAGAAAUAGAGCAGAGGCCAACUCCAGGAUCGAGACUGGGGGCCCCGGAGAAUUCGGGGAUCAGUACCUUGGAACAGGGACAGAAGCCUCCCCCCACGCCUUCAGGAAAACUCAUGUCCGUCAGAAUCCAGAUGCUGGAUGACACCCAGGAGGCCUUUGAAGUUCCGCAAAGAGCCCCCGGGAAAGUGCUGCUGGAUGCGGUGUGCAGCCACCUGAACCUCGUGGAAGGAGACUAUUUUGGCCUCGAGUUUCCCGACCACAAGAAGAUCACGGUGUGGCUGGAUCUCUUAAAACCUAUUGUCAAGCAGAUUAGAAGGCCAAAGCAUGUCGUUGUCAAGUUUGUGGUGAAAUUCUUUCCACCUGACCACACACAACUCCAAGAAGAACUCACAAGGUACCUAUUUGCCCUGCAGGUGAAGCAGGACCUGGCUCAAGGCAGGCUGACGUGUAGUGACACCAGCGCUGCCCUCUUGAUCUCACACAUUGUGCAAUCUGAGAUUGGGGAUUUUGAUGAAGCCUCGGACAGAGAGCAUUUAGCAAAAAAUAAGUACAUACCUCAGCAAGAUGCACUAGAAGACAAAAUUGUGGAAUUUCACCAUAACCACAUUGGACAAACACCAGCAGAAUCGGAUUUCCAGCUCCUGGAGAUUGCCCGCAGGCUGGAGAUGUACGGCAUCCGAUUGCACCCAGCUAAGGACCGGGAAGGCACUAAGAUCAACCUGGCUGUGGCCAACACGGGGAUUCUAGUGUUUCAGGGUUUUACGAAGAUCAAUGCCUUCAACUGGGCAAAGGUGCGGAAGCUGAGCUUCAAGAGGAAGCGCUUUCUCAUCAAGCUCCGCCCAGACGUGAACAGCUCAUACCAGGAUACCUUGGAAUUCCUAAUGGCCAGUCGGGAUUUUUGCAAAUCCUUCUGGAAAAUCUGUGUUGAACAUCAUGCCUUUUUUAGACUUUUUGAAGAGCCCAAACCAAAGCCAAAGCCUGUUCUCUUUAGCCGAGGGUCAUCGUUUCGGUUCAGUGGCCGGACUCAGAAGCAGGUUCUCGACUAUGUCAAAGAAGGAGGACAUAAGAAGGUGCAGUUUGAAAGAUGGAGACAUGGCAGCUCAAAGAUGUUGAGUAACUCGCCCAGGUCUCAGAGCUGGAAACACAGCAAGAUUCAUUCCAUCAGGAGCCUUGCUACGCAGCCUACGGAGCCGAACUCAGAAGUGCCAAAACAAGCUCAGCAGAGUGCCAGCCUGCCCUUUGGAGAAGGUGCCGCAUCCCCGGGCGGCCAGAGCCGCCAGCCGGGGAGGGACCCGACCGCGUCGGCUGAGGAGCGCGGGCCACAGCGCGACCCCACUCCGCAGAGGAGCCCGGCGGGGAGCACGAAGGCAGACGGGGCCGGCAGGGCGGAGGCGGAGGACGAGGAGGAGGUCGUUAAGGACAGGACCCAGCAGAGUGGACCUCGGCCCCCGCAGCCAAGCACAGGCUCCCUGACCGGCAGCCCUCACCUUUCAGAGCUGUCCAUCAACUCGCAGGGAGGAGCUGCGCCCACCAACACCGUCCUGUCACCCAACCUGAGCCCCGACACCAAGCAGGCCUCCCCCUUGGUCAGCCCGCUGCUGAACGACCAGGCGGGCCCUCGGACUGACGACGAGGACGACGGCCGGAGAAAGAGAUUCCCAACUGACAAAGCGUACUUCAUCGCUAAGGAAGUCUCCACCACUGAGAGAACUUACCUGAAGGAUCUUGAAGUCAUCACUUCGUGGUUUCAGAGCACAGUAAGCAAAGAGGACUCCAUGCCCGAAACCUUGAAAAGUCUCAUUUUCCCGAAUUUUGAACCCUUGCACAAGUUUCAUACAAAUUUUCUCAAGGAAAUUGAGCAACGACUCGCCCUGUGGGAAGGCCGCUCGAAUGCUCACAUCAGAGGAGAUUACCAAAGAAUUGGAGACGUGAUGCUGAAGAACAUUCAGGGCAUGAAGCAACUGGCGGCGCAUCUGUGGAAGCACAGCGAGGCUCUAGAGGCGCUGGAGACCGGCAUCCGGGGCUCCCGGCGGCUGGAGAGCUUGUGCCGAGACUUCGAGCUGCAGAAGGUGUGCUACCUGUCGCUCAACACCUUCCUCCUGCGCCCGCUGCACCGGCUCAUGCACUACAAGCAGGUCCUGGAGCGGCUGUGCAAGCACCACCCGCCCAGCCACGCCGACUUCAGGGACUGCCGAGCUGCUUUGGCAGAGAUCACGGAAAUGGUGGCCCAGCUUCACGGUACGAUGAUCAAGAUGGAGAAUUUCCAGAAGCUGCAUGAACUCAAGAAAGAUUUGAUUGGCGUUGACAAUCUUGUGAUUCCAGGAAGGGAAUUCAUCCGCCUGGGCAGCCUCAGCAAGCUCUCCGGGAAGGGGCUCCAGCAGCGCAUGUUCUUCCUGUUCAACGACGUCUUGCUGUACACGAGCAGGGGGCUGACGGCCUCGAAUCAGUUUAAAGUUCACGGGCAGCUCCCGCUCUACGGCAUGACCAUGGAGGAAAGUGAGGACGAGUGGGGCGUGCCCCACUGCCUCACCCUGAGGGGCCAGCGCCAGUCCAUCGUCGUGGCUGCCAGUUCUCGGUCCGAGAUGGAAAAGUGGGUGGAGGACAUACAGAUGGCCAUUGACUUGGCCGAGAAAAGCAGCGGCCCCGCCCCCGAGUUCCUGGCCAGCAGCCCUCCUGACAGCAAGUCCCCGGAGGAGGCGGCGGGCGACCAGGAGUCGGAGGACGACCUCAGCGCCUCGCGCACCUCGCUGGAGCGCCAGGCCCCGCACCGCGGCAACACCAUGGUGCACGUGUGCUGGCACCGCAACACCAGCGUCUCCAUGGUGGACUUCAGCGUGGCCGUGGAGAAUCAGCUGUCCGGGAACCUGCUGAGGAAAUUCAAAAACAGCAACGGCUGGCAGAAGCUGUGGGUGGUCUUCACAAACUUCUGCCUCUUCUUCUACAAGUCGCACCAGGACAGUCACCCCCUCGCCAGCCUGCCUCUGCUUGGGUACUCGCUCACCAUUCCCUCAGAGUCCGAGGACAUCCACAAGGAUUACGUGUUCAAGCUGCAUUUCAAGUCCCACGUGUACUACUUCAGGGCUGAAAGUGAAUACACGUUUGAAAGAUGGAUGGAGGUGAUCCGAAGUGCCACCAGCUCGGCCUCCCGUGCCCACGUUCUGAGUCACAAAGAAUCUCACGUGUAUUGAUGGCAGGACGGGACACAUGUGCUGAUUGUUUCAGCAGUGGCGACUUUCCCGGAAGACAUUUUCUUUCUUCUGUAUUAAUGAAGCCUAGUGAAAUUAACACCUCUCUGUCUGGAAAACAAAAUAAUACAUGGUUUCACAGCGACUCUCAUCUGUCUCCACAGAAGCAUUUUAAACCUUGUCUUUGCAGCUGUUAAUUUCUCAUCGGAACGGGACCGCACCCCUGCCUUCAACGCGGGUGGCGUCUCGGCCGUCAUGCCCUCGGUGGGCUGUCUUCAGCUUGUGCCAGUAUUAAAACAUUGUCACGGAUGGAGUGCCGAAUGACAUUUUUUUCCCUCCGCAACUGCACCUUAAAGUCAGUACAAACGCACCCAUGCAACCAAAAGACAGGGCAAGGGCUCUUUUUUUUUUUAAAAAAGAUGAUUGAUUGAUAAACUUUUAUGAUUUUGAUUUCUAGGCUGCUGCAUUUUACAAAAUGGAUUUUCCAUCGUUUGUUUGCGACACACUUCGCAGUCUUAAGCAAAUGAGAUCAUUUUCAGAUUUUUUUUCUCACUCUUUCUACUUUUAUAAUGAUUGAUAGAAAAUUAGUAGGAUUUUACUUUUUUGAUAAAUGAGCAGUUUGUGUUCCACUGGGGGCUGCAGGCUCCAGUGAAACGCUGGUUCCCAGACCUACUUCUUGGCACAAGUUGACCAAAUUGUUUAAGCGAUGACUAUUUACAAAGUGUAGCGGGUGGUUUUCUGUUAAGAGAAGCGGAGAUCCAGCGCGCUCUCUGGAUCUGGACUGUCGGUGUACUGAGUGGCGUAUCCGAUGGGAGGGUAGUAAGCUGUGGUGUUUUGCUGUAUGUUUCACAAGCAUGAGAACCUGUAUGGCAGUGACCAGGGCCAUUUGUGCUGUGUUAACGUUGUGGAGCGUGUCUGAGCUUCCCGUGGAUGCAGGAGCUCUGAGUCACAGUGCAUAGUCCCCUGGCUCCCGUGAUCAUACCCGUAUCCUACUGCAACUGUGGUUUGGAACUGCACACUCAAUAGUGGUAUAUAUAUCGUGCCUGUCUUCACAAACCAUUCUUUUCUCCUUUUUGUACUCACCCCCCCCCACCCGCCCAAACCACCGCCCCCCCCGGCCUGGGGUAUAUGGACGUAUGACAUUGCACAUCCUUGACAGACAGUCGGACAACACAGGGAACAGGGUUCCAGUAACUACUGGGGCCCACUAGUCAAAAUCCGUUUGCCUAUUCUCCAUGGGGAUCCGGUGGCUGCUAUUCCCUUGGUAUUGUUGAACCCUUUCCUGAUGCCGCCCCCAGAGGGGGCGACCCAUCCAACACGGUUCCCUUCCAGUGCCCCACACCACAGCUGGGGGCCGCCCUCACCUAAGACACCCAGGACCACCCCGACUGGGGGGCUGUGACCGGCGUACGUGGAAACAUAUAAAUGGACGAUGAGUAGCUCGAGAUGUGUGUGAAUCAUUUGCCUUACAGUCUGUACAGACGGUUUUAAGUACUAACAAAAGGGAAUAAAAAUACCUCAUGCCACAAAAUCCAGCAUCCUUAAGUUUUAAGGCAAAACAACCAACCUCGUCUCUUGUCUUUGACUGAAUC